GACCGCGUUCUUUCGUCUCCCUCCCGUCCUCUAUUACUGGUGGAAAGGAUUGAAAAGAGCAGGAAAAAAAAAAAAAAAAAAAACCCUUCUUGUUGCUUUUGUUGUUGCUGUUGCCACUUCCCUCUAUCUCUCUCUCUCUCUCUCUCUCGACAUUGCAGGGCUUGUGAAGCUGAAGGGCUUGAGGGUGAAAACGACGACGACUGAGAGACUUGAAGGUGAAACGGCACAGGGACUUUCUCUGGCGAGUCUUUCUGGAGCUCCUAUCUCUCGAGGCUUUGUUAGGGACGCCGUCGUGCUUUCUGGCCUCCAAGUGGCUUAAUUGUCUGCGAUUUUGCUGUUUACCGUCCGUUUGUUUUGUCUGCGGUGCUGAAGACGGAGAUUUUUUGCUUCGCCUCUUUUACGAUCCGCACUGGCUUUGUGCCGUUGAUCGGAUUGUUUUUCAUAGUUUUUCGGUGCUUAUUUAGUUGGGGCGUUGAAGAAAAGGAGAGUCUCUCUAUGUAAAGAUUGUGAUCUUUGGAAAGCCUGUUCUCUUAGUUCUCCGGCGAUUCGAUUCCAUGCUUUUAUACCCUGCUGUUUCAUUAUCUCCUGUUAACUGGACGGCCCCUAGGUUUUCGAGGGGAAUUUCGAGCCGUCGUAGUUCUGCCCUGCUGUUUGGCUUUCUCUGUCGUGCCUGAGACGGAGGCUCCUCUCCCUUCUCCUCCUUCUCCUCGUCUUCUUCGAUUCCGUCAUGCUUCUUUGUCCAGGUGAAAACUCCACGGGUAUGUACGAAGAUAUAGGUUUUGGAGGGAGCUUCGAUCUCCUUCCUCUGCCACUCCAGCCUUCGGAGUGCGACCAAGCAAUUGGGCACGAAGAACAGGUGCUGCAGGAUGACGACGAGAGUGAGGAGGAGAUUGAUGUCGAUGAGCUUGAGCGGAGGAUGUGGAGGGACCGAAUCCGGUUGAGGCGGCUGAAGGAGCAGAAUAAGGCCAAGGAGAACGGAGACAUCGCCAAGCAGAGGCAGUCGCAGGAGCAGGCACGGCGGAAGAAGAUGUCCAGGGCGCAGGACGGGAUCCUCAAGUACAUGCUUAAGAUGAUGGAGGUCUGCAAGGCACAGGGAUUCGUCUACGGAAUCAUCCCCGAGAAGGGAAAACCCGUCAGCGGCGCCUCUGAUAAUCUGCGCGCCUGGUGGAAGGAGAAGGUCCGGUUCGACCGGAAUGGCCCUGCUGCGAUUGCCAAGUAUCAGGCGGAGAACGCUAUUCCCGGAACCGACGAGGAAAGCCCGGCCAUGGUCUCUACACCUCAGACUCUUCAGGAGCUACAGGACACCACGCUGGGGUCUCUGUUGUCUGCCCUUAUGCAGCACUGCGAACCGCCUCAGAGGCGGUUCCCGCUGGAGAAAGGUUUAGCUCCACCGUGGUGGCCGACCGGCAAGGAGGAUUGGUGGCCUCAGUUGGGGCUGCGGAAGGACCAGGGUCCUCCCCCUUACAAGAAGCCUCACGACCUCAAGAAGGCAUGGAAGGUUGGUGUGCUCACUGCUGUGAUAAAGCACAUCUCUCCGGAUAUGGACAAGAUCCGGAGGCUUGUUCGGCAGUCGAAAUGCCUGCAGGACAAGAUGACAGCAAAGGAAAGUUCGACGUGGUCGGCUGUGGUAAACCAGGAGGAGAUUAUCGCCCGCCAGAUGAACCCGGACGCCAGCCUUCCCAUGGCGUCCCUGAGCGGAAGCGGGAUGCUUGCUUUCAGUGGAUUAAGCAACGAGUAUGAUGUUGAUGGCUAUGAGGACGACGGUGACAUGCAGAUCCAGGAGCGUAAGCCUGAUGUCUUCAGCCUGGGGUCGAUCGCAGGAGAGAGGUUCCAGCUUCAAUCGAUCAAGGCAGAAACUCCUCCCGACUGCACGCGGAAGAGGAAGCUUCCAGUCGAGCAUCUGAUGCUGGACCAGAAGGUCUUCACCUGUGACAGCAUCGAGCGCCUCCAACGCGAUCAUGGGAUCGGCUUCCUGCACAAAAGCGCGAGGAACAACCAGGUAUCUAACUGCCUUUACUCGGGGAGUUUCCCUCAGGGGGUCACUCUGCAUGGGAUGCAGCAGCCGAACCCGCCGGCUGUUACUGUAAGCAGAACUGCUUAUGUGCCGAGCAAGGAUGCCAAUUUGCUAGCUCCUCCUCCUCCUCCUAUGCUGCAACGAACUCCCCAGAAUAUGGUUGUUAAUUCCAAUCCCGUGCCUCUCUCCGGCCUGGGAAUUCCGGUGGACGGACAGAAAUCGAUCAACCAUCUCUUCGCUAUGUAUGAGCAGCAGAGCAAGAACCAAAUAAGCCUGGCUCCUGCCGAUGAUAAGAACCUUCUUGACCUUCCACAGACUAGUAAUACUCAGACUGGAGGACAUGAAAGCAACAGUACCUUUGAAGGAAGUGACUUUGGCGCCCAUAACUCUGGCAUGAAUCUCCUCCUCCGAGAUGAUCUCCAAUUAGAUCAGUGCAAGAUGUUGGACCAGGCCUUUGACGAAUUUCCCCAUGACAUGAGCUCUGGUUUCAAGUUUGGAGCAUCCUUUAUACCCAUGGACUAUUCCGACUCCUUUCCACGGGGGCCGGAGAUGCAAAAGCUGGAGUCGUCUCUCUGGUUUGCUUGACCAAUUGAACUUUUCACCGUGCUCCCCAACGGUGAACCUUUGUUGUUACAGAAGUGCCUUUCCAUUGUUGCAGUGUUACUGUCUCAACCGGGUUGAGAUUCUUGACCAGUAUACGUGAUCAAGAAAGUAAACAUGCCAUAGUUUUUCAUAGAAGAAGGAUGCUCCGAUUGCAAACUCGUUAUCUCAGAUUUAGCUGUUCCGUAAGUUGUAUGUUUGUCCCGGAAAAUUAAAGGUAAGAAGAUUGAUUAUUAGAAACAAAGGGUAGUCUGCCCCUUGUAGCUGUCGUGUAAACCUUCUCUCCAAUAUGUUCUGCUUUGAAGUAAUUUUCUUGGAUAAUAUAUAAGUAAAAGAUGUGCUA